GUGCGAUACUUGGACCCGAAGAGAGGUCUACAUUGCGCUAUUGCUGGUCCGCUUAAAAUGGAUUCAGACACGGACUCGGAUCGGGAGAAGAGCAGCGAUCCCAACGAGGGUCUGCUGAGCAGCGAUGACAAGACCUUCCAUGACGAUGACGAGCCCGAGGAGGAUUCUUCCCCCGCGGACGAUGAGGAGGAGCCCGAAGAGGAGUCUUUGCUGCCGCCGAAGAAAGCGCAGAUUCGUGCAGAAGACCAGCCGCCAUUGGUGGUUCUGGUUCAGUCAUCGGCGGAAGCCAUAGAAGUGCCUGAAGAAAUCGAUGAUAUCAAUCGAGCAAUACCCAUUACAGAUGCUGAUAUAGAGAAGGAACCUCAAAGAGAAUCUCAAGUGGAAACCGAAAUCGAUCCCGAACCCCUGAAGUGUCCCACUUCCCUACGCGAUAGUGUCCGCGAAUCCGUUGAAUGCUUCUAUUCGGCUCAGGAUCUCUUGGAAUACGGACACUUACUAUCCUCCACCUCGAUGGUUCGAACGCCGGAUGUGGAAUCCGGGUAUUUUGAGAAGUCCGAGAGUGAUGCCUCGCGAGAUGAGUGGGAGGGUCCUUCGUCCUCUUCCUCGGGCGCAGCUCGAUGCCGCCUGCUGUCCGGAAUUUCCGGACUCUCCGUCUCCUCAUCCAGUCGACAUAGUGCCGAGGGUUUGCGAAUGGAACUGAGUCGUUUCCGCACCAUCAUCGAAACCCUCGAGCGGGAAAGUCUCGAGAAAUCGCAGUCGGAAUUGCAGUUAAAGGCCAAGCCGAAGGCUAAACCAAAGCCCAAGCAGAGAUCCCAUAUUCUGGAAUCGGCAGGGGAGAGUGGUUCGGAUCAGGGUUCGGAAAAGGGUUCCGAGCGGGGCUUCUGGUCAACGGUUUUUGGACAGGCGGGUCUGGAGAUCAGCCAGGAUGAGGAGGAACGAAUUGCGGAGAUACAAAGUAAAGCUCAUCGGGCUCUCGAGCUGCUCGAGGAUUAUCAUGCCAGACUUUCUGAGCCGCAGGAUCGGGCGCUGCGUAUUGCAAUCGAACGCGUUAUACGCAUAUUUAAAUCUCGCUUGUUUCAAGCGCUGUUAGAUAUACAAGAAUUCUAUGAAUUGACAUUAUUGGACGACUCGAAGAGCAUACAGCAAAAGACAGCGGAAACCUUGCAAAUUGCAACCAAAUGGGAGAAGGACGGACAGGCCGUUAAAAUAGCCGAUUUUAUCAAAACUUCAAAUUUAAAUCGCAAUUGCGCCUAUGAGUUUAACAACGACGCCUCAUCCAAUCAAACCAACCAAUCAACACUCAAUCAGAAUCAGAUCGCAAAUAAUGUGAGCGCCCAGGCCCUCAGCAGAACAUUUAAGAGUGAAUUGGAAGAGAUCUUGAAUCAGCGCAUGCGCAUCGAGUCGGAUACGGAAAAUGCCAAGGAGCCACCGGCCGAGCAGCUGCAACAGCAGAAUGCGCAGCAGCCGCAACAGCAACAGCAGCAGCAGCAGCAGUCGCAGGCAGCCAAGUCAAGGAGCGGGUCGCAGACUCUCCAUAAGGCGUCGUCGGGAAAGGUGAAUGGCGAUGAUAGCUGGUUAUACGAGGACAUUCAGCUGGAGCGCGGCAACUCCGGAUUGGGAUUCUCCAUUGCCGGCGGCACGGAUAAUCCGCACAUCGGCACCGACACCUCCAUCUACAUCACCAAGCUCAUUUCCGGCGGAGCAGCUGCCGCCGAUGGACGGCUGAGCAUCAACGACAUCAUUGUGUCCGUGAACGAGGUGUCCGUGGUGGAUGUGCCGCAUGCCUCCGCCGUGGAUGCCCUCAAGAAGGCCGGCAAUGUGGUCAAGCUGCAUGUGAAGCGAAAACGUGGCACGGCCACCACCCCGGCCGCCGGAUCGGCGGCUGGAGAUGCCCGGGAUAGUGCGGCCGGUGGAUCGAAGAUCAUGGAAAUCGAUCUGGUCAAGGGCGGCAAGGGAUUGGGCUUCUCCAUUGCCGGCGGCAUUGGCAACCAGCACAUACCCGGCGACAAUGGCAUCUAUGUGACCAAGUUGAUGGACGGUGGGGCGGCGCAGGUGGACGGACGUCUGUCCAUCGGGGACAAGCUGAUUGCAGUGCGCACCAACGGGAGCGAAAAGAACCUGGAGAACGUAACGCACGAACUGGCGGUGGCCACGCUGAAGUCGAUCACCGACAAGGUGACACUGAUCAUUGGGAAGACGCAGCACCUGACCACCAGUGCGUCCGGUGGCGGCGGUGGAGGCCUCUCAGCCGGCCAGCAGUUGUCGCAGUCGCAGUCGCAGUUGGCCACCAGCCAGAGCCAGAGUCAGGUGCACCAGCAGCAGCAGCAGCAUCCGACGCCGAUGGUCAAUUCGCAGUCGACAGAGCCCGGCUCGCGAUAUGCCUCCACAAAUGUCCUGGCCGCCGUUCCGCCAGGAACUCCGCGCGCAGUCAGCACCGAGGACAUAACCAGAGAACCGCGCACCAUCACCAUCCAGAAGGGACCCCAGGGCCUGGGCUUUAACAUCGUUGGCGGCGAGGAUGGCCAGGGCAUCUAUGUGUCCUUCAUCCUGGCCGGCGGUCCUGCCGAUCUUGGCUCGGAGCUGAAGCGCGGUGACCAGCUGCUCAGCGUGAACAAUGUCAACCUCACGCAUGCCACCCACGAGGAGGCGGCCCAGGCGCUCAAGACUUCUGGCGGUGUGGUGACCCUGUUGGCGCAGUACCGCCCGGAGGAGUACAACCGCUUCGAGGCGCGCAUCCAGGAGCUGAAACAGCAGGCUGCCCUGGGCGCCGGAGGAUCGGGCACUCUGCUGCGGACCACGCAGAAGCGGUCGCUGUAUGUGCGCGCCCUGUUCGACUACGAUCCCAAUCGGGACGAUGGUCUGCCCUCGCGAGGAUUGCCCUUCAAGCACGGCGACAUUCUGCACGUGACCAAUGCCUCCGACGACGAGUGGUGGCAGGCACGACGGGUCCUCGGCGACAACGAGGACGAGCAGGUCGGCAUUGUGCCGUCGAAGAGGCGUUGGGAGCGCAAGAUGCGGGCUCGGGAUCGCAGCGUUAAGUUCCAGGGACAUGCGGCAGCUAAUAAUAAUCUGGAUAAGCAAUCGACAUUGGAUCGAAAGAAAAAGAAUUUCACAUUCUCGCGCAAAUUUCCGUUUAUGAAGAGUCGCGAUGAGAAGAAUGAAGAUGGCAGCGACCAAGAGCCCAAUGGAGUUGUGAGCAGCACCAGCGAAAUUGACAUCAAUAAUGUCAACAACAAUCAGGCGAAUGAACCGCAACCCUUUAUGCUUUGCUACACACAAGACGAUGCCAAUGCUGAAGGAGGCGAGAUUAUCUACAGGGUGGAGUUACCCGAUAUGGAGCAGAUAACUCUGAUCUACUUGGAGAAUAAUGAUGCUGACUAUCCUUCCGAGGAGAAUGUGUUGUCCUACGAGGCCGUGCAGCGCCUGUCCAUUAACUACACGCGUCCGGUGAUUAUCCUGGGACCGCUGAAGGAUCGCAUCAACGAUGACCUAAUAUCGGAGUAUCCCGACAAGUUCGGCUCAUGUGUGCCACACACCACCCGACCCAAGAGGGAGUACGAGGUGGACGGUAGGGACUAUCACUUUGUGUCCUCUCGCGAGCAAAUGGAGCGGGAUAUCCAGAACCAUCUGUUCAUCGAGGCGGGCCAGUAUAACGACAAUCUGUACGGCACCUCGGUGGCCAGUGUGCGCGAGGUGGCGGAGAAGGGCAAGCACUGCAUCCUGGACGUGUCCGGGAAUGCCAUAAAGCGCCUCCAGGUGGCCCAGCUGUAUCCCGUUGCCGUGUUCAUCAAACCCAAGUCGGUGGACUCAGUGAUGGAGAUGAAUCGUCGCAUGACGGAGGAGCAGGCCAAGAAGACUUACGAGCGGGCCAUUAAAAUGGAGCAGGAAUUCGGCGAAUACUUUACGGGCGUUGUCCAGGGCGACACCAUCGAGGAGAUCUACAGCAAAGUGAAAUCUAUGAUUUGGUCCCAGUCGGGACCAACCAUUUGGGUACCUUCCAAGGAAUCUCUAUGACCAACAGCCACCACAACUUGGACACUGCCGCCUCGAGUUCGAUGCCGACCGGUCUCGAGAACAACAACAGGAGCAACUGGAGCAGCAGCAGCAGCAGCAGCAGCAACAAAUCAGCAGCCGCAACAGAAGACGCCGCACUGAUGAUGCAUCACAGUAACAACAGCAACAGCAACAACCACAACAACAACAGCAACAACUACUACAACAGCAGCAGCCACAGCAACAACUACAACAACACUACUGACUACUACAACGACAGGAAACGGAAAUAGAAACGGAAACGAAAACGGAACCACGGACCUACAAACUUGACCACAGACAGUAAAAUUUAUAUUGACGCAGCCGCAGCAGCCAACUUAAUGUAGCAAAUUGUCCAAAGCAAUUUUAUUUGGAUGCACUCAUCGAUGUACGGUCAGGUGAACGUACAAACGUACAUCCCAGCAGCUAGACAAGGACGGAGAGCAAAGCAUUUGGUAUUUGGCAUCGUAGGGAUAUGAGAUGUGAGAUGUGAGAUGAGAGAUAUGAGGGUGUUCAAACUGAAGCGGACAAAGGUGUAUAGUUUUUAGUUAGAACAAAGUUGGGUAUAAACAAAAAGAAGCGAAAUAUAAUAUAUAUAUAUAUAUACAUAUAUACACACACCACUUAUAUAGACUAAGAUCCGAUUAUAAAAGCAUAGAGUCGAGCGGAUAUGAGGGCUUUAAGGAGUUCGUUAAGCGCUAGAGUGUUGUUUGUUUAUGUUGAUGUUUAUAUACGAGAGCCAAGAGUUAUAGCGAGUUAGUUAUGUUGACGAUAAUGUGUUUUUUGAUAUAUAUUGAUCUAUAUGAAUAUGUAAACAUGCAGGCACAGGCAGGCAGGCACCCACCACCCAUGCACACCGAUAUUUUGGGGGUGAUGGUGAUGUAGAUGCACAUUUCGCAUUGCAUGGUGGUUAACUUUAAGUACGACAAUGUUUAGUAGCUGACUACGAAUAAUGACGACGAUGACGGGACGCAGAUGCAGAUGCGGAUGUGAAUGCGGUUACGGUUGCGGAUCUAGCGGAUAGUCAGAGCAUGACGAUAACGAUUUACGAUUACGAUCUAAUGAUAAUGAUAAUAUGUAUUGAUGAUAUAUCGAAGCUAAUAACGAUGAUGAGAUGAUGAAGAACGUUGGUGCAUUUGUUGUUAGAUGUAUGUAAUUUUUCCCACUCGCCUUUGCCUAAAAGCAACACAAACGUAAAACCAAGAAGAACUAUAUAAAAAAAGUGAAUCAAUAAACAUGCGUAUGAUAAAUACUAGAAACUAGCGGAAAAGUUGCAUAUACAACCAUAGACAUUCAUUCACACAUCUACUUACUAUAUAUAUCUGUACCAUUUAGCCUAUAGUCCGCAAGAGAUCGUCGAAACAAAGUCAUUUUACUAUAUAAAUAUACACAAAACACCCGCAUAAUGUAAACUACGGCAGCAACCGAUUGGAAUGCAAAGAGAUGGAGGAAUGGAAUUUGUUGUCGCGUUGAUUUAAAUCUAUAUAAUGAGUAAAAUAUUGUAUAUUUAACAAUCUAUAAAACAAAUAUAGCAUGUAGAUAAUAUACACACACACACACGAACCCAUUCAAGCAUACAUGGAUUACCGAUGCGGUCUAAUUUUAUACACAAACACACACACACACAAGACAAAUCGAAUUGCAAAGGCAAAUAAAUAAAUAAAUAAAGAAGCGGAA